CGGAUUUGUCGAUUGAAUGCAUUGAAUGCUGUAAUGCAUUACUAAUGCCUCACAAACACUGUCUGUCAUUUCAUUGACUCAUUUGAAGACAUAACCACUGUUUACAAGUGACGAGUUGGUCAUUAAAGUGCCACACAAUGUCCAAACAGGAACAGGUGCUCAUACUUGAGCCCAAAGUGGAACUACAUUUCAAAGGUCCGUUUACAGAUGUGGUCACUUCAUACCUAAAACUGACGAAUCCAAGCGACCGUAGGGUGUGUUUCAAAGUGAAGACAACGGCGCCCAAGAGGUACUGCGUUCGUCCCAACAAUGGUCUGAUCGAAGCGUACGGCAACACAACUAUUGCCGUUAUGUUACAACCCGUAGACUUAGACAAUCUGAACGAUAAAAAUAAACAUAAAUUUAUGGUUCAGACUAUGUUUGCUCCCGAAGGAGAUGUCAAUCAAGAUGUGCUCUGGAAAGAAGUGAAUCCCGAAGCGAUAAUGGACUCGAAAUUAAAGUGUGUGUUUGAUAUGUCGACCACUGAUAAUGACACGAAUGUCCGCUCGAGUUCUGUGGCCACCAAUGCUUUGCCACUCAAUACAUCGCACAUUUCGACCAACUCUGCGAGUAUUGCUGAAGAACCUUUUGAAUCGAUUGAUGAUAAGAAAAAAUUUGCGGACGAAAACAAACGUUUACGGGAAGAGUUGGCGUCUAUUCGGACCGAGAAUUUGCAGUUAAAAGAGGACGGAUUAAAACAUAGGAUUCGCAGUGGAAUCAUAUCUCAGAUAUCGGGUGACAAUAAGGCGCUGCCGACCGAUGUGUCGCAUAAGUUGGCAUAUAAUGGAGGUCUAGUUUGGACUCCACAGUUGCUGGCAAUAGCAUUCUUGAUGCUUAUGGUGGGCGUAAUCAUAGGCAAAAUGUUUUAAAUUUUCUAUCAAUUAUUAACUAUUAUAAUAACUACAAAUUUUAUGAAAUAUAAGAUAUUUCAAAAUUCUUUUAUUAAUUAUAUGAUUUACUCCUGAGUUUGUACAUAAAAAUAGCAGUCAAAUGUCAGCUAAGUUUAAUUAAAAAUCUUGAUAUAAAUCAUAUGAGUUGAGGGCUCUUAUAACAGUCAAAUGUCUAGGAAUUGUCUUUUAGGUUAUAUUUCACUUUUAAAAACUAAACCCAAAAAUAUGAAUCAUUUUUAAAUUCACUAUUUUAAAGAAUUAUUUAAUAUUAAAUAUUAAUUAAAAAUAUUAUUAAAAUAGUUUAUAUUUUAUUUGAUAUUUGGUUUCAUAUACUAUCCGGUCAUUAAU